AUGCCCAUUGCAGGACGGCGAGCCAAGGGAGAAGUACUUCUUGACGAAGUCUACAAGUUUCUUGAUUUGCUCGAAAGAGAUUAUUUUGGUUUGAAAUUUGUCGAAAAUGACACAGACCCUGAUAAUUUGAGGUGGCUAGAUCCUCUGAAGUCUGUUCGGAAACAAGUUAAAAAUGCACCUUAUUAUUUUUAUUUCCAUGUCAAAUUUUUUGUGUCUGAUCCAAGUAAACUCCAAGAAGAAUACACGAGGUAUCAGUAUGUUUUACAGCUAAAGAAAGAUAUCUUGGAAGGAAGGUUAAUCUGUUCAUAUCAUACUGGUGCAUUAUUAGCUUCAUACUCCGUACAAGCUGAAAUGGGUGACUAUGACCCCGCUGAACAUAAACAAGGAUAUCUCAAUGAAUUACGAUUCAUUCCUAAUCAGAAUAAUGACUUUGACAAAGAAGUAGAAGAACUUCAUAAAACACAUGUUGGUCAAACGCCAGCAGAUGCCGAGUACAAUUACUUAGACAAAGCGAAACGCCUUGAGAUGUACGGUGUUGACUUACAUUACGCAAGGGACCAAAGCAACAUUGAGAUUCAGCUUGGUGUUACGUCGGCGGGUCUCGUCGUCUUUCAGAACAAUAUGAAAAUCAACACCUUCUCAUGGGCAAAGAUAGUUAAGAUUUCAUUCAAGAGGAGACAGUUUUUUAUUCAACUUCGGCGGGAAUUGACUGAUACAAGAGAACAUGUUAUUGGUUUCAACAUGGCAAGUUACAGAUCGUGUAAAAACCUUUGGAAAUCUUGCGUCGAACAUCACACGUUCUUUCGGAUGACAGAACCCAAACCAACAAACAAACGAAGAAUGCUCUUUCAGUUAGGAUCUAAAUUUAGGUAUAGCGGUAGAACUGAAUUCCAGACAGUGGAAGAAAGCAAACGAAGACUAGCCAAUAGGGAUAGAGAUUUUUCUAGGUCACCGAGCAAACGGUUUGCUCGGCGUACGAUAGCAUCAGUCCAUGACAUUCCCCGGGAAGAAAAUAAUGGACAAGCCUUCCGAACAUCAUAUCUAAAACCUUUACAAAACCAUAAAAGCAUGUACAGCAGUUUUGAUGGUAGGAUUCCAUCGGCAACGUCACCCAAACGAGCAUGGUCAGAUGGUCACCGAUCUGACGAGGAGAAUGGGUUUCCUAAAAAUGGUGAUGAAGUAUUUACACCGGCCGUCCCUGCCAAAAUUUUAUACAUGGAUGAAGGUGGCAGCAGUUAUAGUUUUACCGAAAAGUCGUAUGAAUUACCAGCAUAUGAUACCCUUCCAAAUGGUGUAUCGUCACCGACAGACAACCUUGUUCUAAUACGAAUGAAACCAGAUGAGCAUGGUCGGUUUGGUUUCAACGUGAAAGGCGGCGCGGAUCAAAAGAUGCCAGUUAUUGUUUCUAGAGUUGCUCCUAAUACACCAGCAGAUUUAUGCAUACCGAGGUUAAAUGAAGGAGAUCAGGUGCUACUAUUAAAUGGUCGUGAUAUUUCUCAAUUUACACAUGAACAAGUCGUCAAUUACAUUCGAUCCAUGAGAGAAGCUAUGACAGGCGAAUUGGUGCUUACGGUUAGACCAAAUGUUUAUGUCGGUGAUGAAGAGGAGGAGCCCGCAUUCCAGUAUAUCCCAGAUACACCAACUAUAACUGAUAGAGUGCCUGAAUCGGAUCUACUCAGGGAGUCCAUACUCUUAUUAAAAGAAUGUCUUUGUAGUGGAGCAGCUUUAGCACAGUUUGAUCAAUUAUUUAGGAAAAAGCCUGGCAUGACGAUGCAUGCGUGUCGGAAACCGGAAAAUAUUGGAAAAAAUCGAUAUAGAGAUGUGUCUCCUUACGACUCAACACGAGUUCUUUUACAAGGAGACGCCGGGGAUUACAUAAAUGCCAAUAUUGUAAAUAUGGAAAUUCAUAAAUCAGGCAUUCUUAAUAGGUACAUAGCAGCACAGGGACCUUUACCUACGACAUGUGACGAUUUCUGGAGGAUGAUAUGGCAGGAACAGUGCUCAUUAGUUGUUAUGUUAACAACAAAUGUUGAGAGGGGCAGGACUCGAGAGACAAGACAAGUUUUACAAAUGCAAUACAGCUGGCCAGAUCACGGAGUGCCAGAUGAUUCAACAGACUUCUUAGAAUUUGUGACAAGAGUUCGUAAAAGUCGUGAGGGAAUGACGAUGCCAACUCUUGUUCAUUGUAGUGCUGGCAUUGGUAGGACUGGUGUUUUAAUCACCAUGGAAACAGCUAUGUGUCUUAUAGAAAGCAAUGAACCAGUUUAUCCUUUAGAUAUUGUACGAUCAAUGCGUGAACAAAGAGCCAUGUUAAUACAGACACCAGCACAGUAUAAGUUUGUAUGUGAAGCCAUUGUGAGGGUAUAUGAAGAUGGAAUCAUCAGACCACUGGAUGAGUUUAAGCACUGACCCAAACUAUAUUAAUGUCACCUUAAAUUAUUUCGAGAAGUUGCAUCAUCUGAAAAAUAGAGGAGAUACAUUACUAAACUCAUAUUAUGGGAUGCUGAUCUAUUUCUGUUCAUUCUCUAUUCAUGAAAGCAGUGUAGCCUCAAUGUCAGUAUUUGCAUUCACGCUGCUUUGUUCGUGGAACGGCAAUUGCUGCAAUGCGCAACUAUCCGCUGCGAGU